GAUGUGGUAGACGGUCUUUAGAAGAGCACCACAACAUUGUUAAAGCAGCCAAGAGAAAACGGCAGCGUUUAAGAGCCAGGUGCGCAACUUAUUGUAAUUUUAUCAACCCAAACUUGUGUCCGGCUGAGCUCCUGCGUCAGGCUUUACGCACCAUGCGCCCUGUGACGGGAGCAGCUCUGUGAUUUCAGCUGGAGAUGCUGCAUGAGAGGACCGAGCCUGAAUGAAGACAGACCACCGUGUAAUCACGCAGGAUUUAUGCUGCUUGUCAGCAGUUGAUCACACGGCAUAAAUAAGAAUUAAGAAAAAGCACAAAUUUAAUUCAGGAGCACCUUCCCAGCUUCCAUUUAAUCGCUCAGCUGCCACAGACUCUGGUCUGCGUCGCCCCUCAUCAGCCUCCCGUCUGAAGGAGCUCCUGUGCAGCCAUGCCAAAGAACACCAAGGUGACACAGCGGGAGCACAGCACGGAGCCGGUCACCGAGUCGGUGGCCGACCUGCUGUCCCUGGAGCACCCCAUGGACUAUAAGAGCAGUCAGAUGAGUAUGGGUCUCAGUCCUGCAUCGACUGCCCCCGGAAAGGCCCUGCUGCCUUCCCUCGAUCCGGACGCCGAGGACGGGCGGCCGGCGUGGAACAAUAAGUUGGAGUACAUCCUGGCUCAGGUUGGCUUCUCUGUGGGUCUGGGCAACGUCUGGAGGUUUCCCUACCUGUGCCAGAAGAACGGUGGAGGUGCAUACCUGGUACCAUACUCUAUACUCCUUGUACUCAUCGGCAUUCCCUUGUUUUUCCUGGAGCUGGCGGUGGGUCAGAGGAUCAGGCGGGGGAGCAUCGGGGUGUGGAAUUAUGUAUACCCACAGCUGGGGGGCAUCGGCGUUUCCAGCCUGAUGGUUUGUGGUUUCGUGGGCCUCUAUUAUAACGUCAUUAUCGGCUGGAGCAUCUUCUAUUUCUUCCAGUCUUUUCAGUAUCCACUGCCUUGGGCUGAAUGCCCCCUCCGGAGAAAUGGAAGUCAAGCCAUUUUGGAGCCCGAGUGUGAGAAGAGCUCAGCCACCACUUACUUCUGGUACCGGCAGACUCUUAACAUCACCAGCACCAUCGACGACACCGGCGGCCUGAACUGGAGGAUGACCUUAUCCCUGCUGGUGGCUUGGAUCCUGGUCUGCAUGGCGGUCAUUAAGGGGAUCCAGUCCUCUGGGAAGGUGAUGUACUUCAGCUCCCUCUUCCCGUAUGUGGUACUUCUCUGUUUCCUGGUACGAGGUUUGCUGCUGAAGGGAGCGGUGGAUGGCAUCGCCCACAUGUUCACCCCCAAGCUGGAAAAGAUGUUGGAGCCCCAGGUGUGGAGAGAAGCAGCCACGCAGGUUUUCUUUGCUCUCGGCCUGGGUUUCGGAGGUGUCAUCGCUUUUUCCAGCUACAAUAAACGAGACAACAACUGUCAUUUUGAUGCAGCACUGGUUUCCGUCAUCAACUUUAUCACUUCCAUCCUGGCCACUUUGGUGGUGUUUGCCGUCCUGGGUUUCAAGGCUAACGUCAUGAACGAGAAGUGUGUGGUUGACAACGCAGAGAAGAUUCUGGGUUACUUAAACACGGGCGUGCUUAGCAAAGAGCUCAUCCCGCCACACAUCAACUUCUCCCACCUGUCUGCUCAGGACUAUGCAGAAAUGUACGGAGUUAUUAAGACGGUGAAGGAGGACAGCUUUGGCCAGCUGGGGCUGGACGCUUGCGUCCUGGAGGAUGAACUCAACAAGGCAGUUCAGGGAACGGGCCUGGCCUUCAUCGCUUUCACAGAAGCCAUGACUCACUUCCCCGCCAGUCCCUUCUGGUCCGUCAUGUUCUUCUUCAUGCUGAUCAACUUGGGCUUGGGAAGCAUGAUCGGCACCAUGACCGGCAUCACCACUCCCAUACUGGAUGCUUACAAGAUCCGCAAGGAGAUCCUGUGUGUGGUUUGCUGUGUUAUAGCCUUCCUGUUGGGCCUGCUGUUUGUGCAGCGUUCAGGGAACUACUUUGUUGCCAUGUUUGAUGACUACUCUGCUGGCCUACCACUCACUGUGGUGGUGAUCCUGGAGAACAUCUCUGUGGCGUGGAUCUAUGGAACAAAGAGAUUCAUGCAGGACCUGGAGGACAUGCUUGGCUUCAGACCGUACUCCUUCUACUUCUACAUGUGGAAGUACGUGUCACCUGCGGUCUUGACGUUGCUCAUUGUGGCUACUGUCAUUGAUUUGGCCAUCAGUCCUGCAGGAUAUAAUGCCUGGGUAGAAGCCGAGGGCGCAGAGCAUUUUGAAAGGUACCCUCCCUGGGCGCUGGGUAUGGCCUAUGCACUCAUUGUGGUCGCCAUGCUGCCUUUGCCCAUGGUCUUCAUCGCCCGCCACUUUAAUUUGAUCUCAGACGGCUCUAAUAAGCUGUCUGUCUCCUACCGUAAAGGUAUGAUGAAGGACAUUUCCAACCUAGAGGAGCAGGAUGAGCAGCGCUUCAUUCUCGGCAAGAACCCCAGUGAAGUUCCCUCCCCCAUGCCCCCCCACCGCGCUUAUCUGGGGCCUGGCGGCACCCAGGAGAUGACCAACACCAACUACGGUACCAGCACCAAGACGGGCUACCAGAACAUCGGCUCUCCUGAGUCUGAGUUAUGAUCUCCUGAGCUCAUAGGUCCAAUCGUCCACACAAACCCCACCCAGCUUGGAGGACGAGAGACAGGGGAAGUCACUUGCAGCAUUCAUCACGCCUUAACCCCAGAGUUAAAUCCCUCCAUCUCCCCCAUUUCUGCUCCAUCAUUUCUUUCCUGUGGUUCUUUUUUUUACUACCUGUUUUUUUCUUUUAUCUGUGCAGCUAAUUACCAGUAAAUCCCAGCCGUGAGAAAGGAAUUGUGGGAAUAUAGCAAUGACGUUCACAGGGAAAGAAAACGUGGGGCAGAGAUGGGAGCAAAGAUGUAACAGGUGUGUAGAAAAGUCCACCGUGGACCUAAUAAUUCAUAAAACUAUCUGAGGUUAAGGAGUGUGAAAUGCCACAGUGACUUGCAAUGUACCAGGCUGUCAUUUUAUGCGUAAACCAGUUUGUGCUUCUUCUGGCUCAAUGAAACAGGAUUGUUAAUCGUGGGGAUAGAAUGGAAGGAGACUUACGAAAGUAAAAACAAAUAGUCAAAACAAAUGUAUCAACAACAGUAUGUAGAAAAUGAUUCUGUUAGUGUUUUUAAGUUUUUUGUGCCUAUCAUGCAUCAGCAAUAAUAAGCAGUCCAAUAGGUUCCUGAGAAAACUGUGGAUCUCCUUCUAUCUCUAUUUUCCCACCAGUGUAUAAUAAUGUACAUAUAUGUUGUGCAAUAGUUUGAGACGUCGUCAUAAGUUGUGCAUUCACACUGCAAUAGUCCGAAGCAGUCCGGAGCAGCUUUGUUCCUCGUUAUUCCAUGAACACAAAAAGCACAGUCGCCCGGCAUCGUUAGAACAUCUCUGAGCCUUGAAACAGAGCAACGCUUUACUUUCAACCACCUGAGUUAUCGACACGCGUGGCUCAGGAGUCGGUACCAGCAGCAUGGUCGUCUGUGCUGUCUCAGUUCCGGCAGGUCGAGACAAAACCUUUGAGUUUUAAUCGGUCACUUCAAUCAAGUGUUUUAAUGAAUGCCUUAGAAGGGCGGCAGUGGUGAUGCACGAGCAGAAAUAGCAGAGCAGCUUGUGUUUGAUCAGAAGGCAUUGAUGGAGAGCUAGGCCAAGCAGGUAACACGAAUUUUGUCUUUGUGCACACAGACGUGCAUGUCAAUGCGAUGUCUGCCACGGAGUGAAAGCUCCUAAUGACCUUGUUUAAAAAUAGGGCCUUGUUACCCAGGGGAAGCCGUGGCAACGCACCAUAGAAACAUGUUAUCCUCUGAUGUGGAGGAGCAGAAGGAUGGCACACACCUUGCUCUCUGUUGCCCUCCACCUGCACGGCUGUUUCUCACAUUGUGACAGUGUAUUGAUUAACAGCUUCCCUGCCAUGCUAGACUGUGGAUCAGUCAAGCUUCAUCCCUUGAGGACGAGCAUUCAGUCUCACCGCCGUACAUUCCUGCAAUUGUGACCACUGCAAACUACACUUUAAUGUCUUUUUGUGAUCCGGAGUGUGCAAACAACACCUUUUUUAUUUUAUUCUGAUGUGCAAUCUUGUAUGACAGUGGAUGUUCCGGGGUGUAUUUUGAAACUGUACCGUGAUAUAAAUGUUGAAAACAGUUGGUAAUAUAUGCUUUUGGCCACUAGGUGUCUCUGCUGACUAGCAGAGACACCAGUCACGCCCUCUUUGUAUUGUUGCCCCUCCUCGAGACAGCACCGAUGCUUGAGACUGAACAGAUGUAGUGUGAAUCACAGUCAGUCACAUUGUUGGGUGCCUGAAUAGCAUGUAUGGUGUCCGUUGGCCUUUUGCUUUUGCCAUCAAAUUGGUAUUUUUUAUUUAUUUUAUAAUGUAGAUUGUACCAAUCUUUUGUCUCAUUCACUUGAGCACUUUAAUUAUGUACAGACCCUGGAGUUGUUUGUUAAGCACAUAUUUGAAGAAAAAAAAAACAUUUACUUAUACUGACAGAGAGAAAUUAAUGUCCAUAAAAGGCAUAAGACACAAAUGCAUCAUAACAAAAGAUACCUUUGAUUUCUAAUUUGCUUUUCCCAUUAGAUACUGACUGUCUUUGCAUGCAAAAUGUAUGUGGUUUAAAAGUUAACGUCAUGUGGAAAUGUUCCCCAUCAUCACUCCUGCGUCGACUGAUGGUUUCUUUCCCCAUUGUUAAGUCACACCUAGUUCAGACAGGCAGUUCCUGCAGUGAAGACGUCAAACACUUUAUCAAUGAUAUAAACAUACUCGAGUUUUUGAGUCUAACCUCCAAAGCAGUCCCCAUUAACUCCUACAUGGCGAUAUUGGGGGCACAGGUGAAAGCUGAAGCGGAGGUGUGACUUUGAGAGCGUCAACACGCUCGGUGGGGAAAGAUAUCAGAAAGUAUCUGAGAUGGAGUGAUUGGAAUGAACCAUAUGGAGGUGUGAAAGCGAGCAUGGACACUGCUUGGGUUUGAAUGCCUGCCUGAACUCGCUCCCGACGGUCACCACAACUAUGUUUUAUAUUAUGUAUGAUAGAGUCGUCCCUGCUGCAUGUUGUCAUUUAAUCCAAUAUGGCCCCACAUUUGCUCAGAUUUAAGGCUGCUCAUCACGUAACAGCAUGUACAGUCACUGCGCCUUAACCUUAAGAUGCUCUUAAAUUAUUUAUACAACAUGUUGUAAUCACCCCCCUUCCUAAAACUUUAGUAUGCACAGGCAGACAGAUCUUUAGUAAAAACAAGUGUUUAAAAUUUAAGGUGAAGGCGCUAAGCUGUUUAAAAAAAAUUAGUUUUGCUUGGAGUUGAAGCACAUCUUAUGAAAGCACAGAAUCGUGAAGGAGUUUUUAACUGCUUAAUAAACAAUGAGCUUCCCGAGUCAGCGUGGGUGAGCUGGGCGAGGAAGAUUAUGAUCACUUUAGUGAUACUUUGAUUCCAGCUUCCUGCAGGAGGUAUCUGGAGGAUAAAGCUGCACACUGAAAUGCACUGCCAGCCUCAGCGGAAAUAAAACGUCACCCUUCAAGAGAGCACAAUCACAGCCCAUGAGCUUAGAGUAUUUUAUAGUACUUUUAAUGACACUGAUGGUGAUGAUAAUUCAAAGGCACAGACAACAUUUUAAUACAGUUUGAACUCUGCAGAGCAGGUAAAUGUCAUAAAUAUAAAGAUGUAUUUGGUAGCGAAAAUGAUUACUGAAAACAAAUACUCCAACUCCAGGGUCUCUUCUUCUCGUCCAUGUGUCCGCUGUGUCGCAAGCAACUUUUAGAGGGAAGAUGAGAUGAAUUUGAUGGAAGUAGAGUAAAAGUGAAAUUAUUCAACUGCAAAUAGUCUUUAUGUGACCAACCAUAGCUAUAUUUAUAGUAUUUAAGAUGAUGUAUUUAAUCUGUACAUAUUGAUGUACAUUCUGAUAAAUUCACACUGAGUAUCUAUAGUGAAAGGGUGCAUACUUGAGCUGUAAAUAACAGUUGUAUAUUUUCAGAUAUUUUUGAUUUUUGUACUGUCAGUAAUGUUACUUUGAUGUCUGUGGUGUUUGUGUGUGGUUGAUCUCAGUGAAACAGAAGUGUGUGUGUGUGUGUGUGUGUGUGUGUGUGUGUGUGUGUGUGUGUGUGUGUGUGUGUGUGUGUGUGUGUGUGUGUGUGUGUGUGUGUGUGUGUGUGUGUGUGUGUGUGUGUGUGUGUGUGUGUGUGUGUGUGUGUGUGUGUGUGUUGACGUGUGUGUGUGUGAGUGAGUAAAGUCAGUAAAAGUACUUGUAGUUUUUUGGUGUUUUGCUGUGUGUUUUCUCCUCUCUCAGUGUUGUGUGCUGCUGAUCUAAACCAGUACCUGAAGUCCAAUGUAGUUGCAGUGGACUGGGACCACUCAUGUAUAAGCAGUCUCCUCUCUGUGUUUUUCACCGGGACUGUGAUGGAUUCCAGUACCGGCAACACUAACAGGAAGAAAUGUUUGACUGUAACAGUAAGAUGGAAACUUUAUAUAUUUGGGUGAAUAGAUGAAUAAUCUGUACAAACACAAAGGAGGAAACGGGAUAUUAAAAUAACCACUUUUAAUUAA